GUCAUGGCCAACCUGGUGAUGGAGCAGCUGCUGCCAGCGCUGCAGAGAGACCUGCUGCCUCGACUGAAGGCCAAGAAGACUGACAGGAAGAGGGUCUGGUUCGCUACGGUGGAGGAGGCCUACAUUCUGGUCCAGGAGCAUCUUUUGAAGCGGCUGUCAGAACUGAAGGAUGAGUGCAGGACCUCGGUCCGGCAGCAGGAGGUUCUGAUCCACUCCGACAUGGGCCCGAUCCUGAACAUGAGGCGGCAGCUGAAGGACAAGAUCCGAGCAAARGUUUCAGAACCUGCAGAAAGGUUCUGCUCCGAGUCCGUUCAGCCGUACCUGGGCCCGGUUCUGGAGGAGAUGAUGGAACCGAUCAGCUCUGGGUUCCUGGAGGGACGGCAGCUGAGCGAGACCAAGAUGAACGAGGCGUGUCAGGAGGUCCUGCAGUCCGGAGUCAGCGAGCAGCUGAAGGAGGUUCUGGUGGAGAUGGCGAGGCCCAACCUGCUGAGCAGCUACCAGAAGAUCAGCUCCCUGCAGGACCGGCUCCAGCACCUGCAGGACCCCUUCAGCUUCUCCAACACCAGUGGCGUGAUCCACAGYGCUCAGAUCGACCUGCAGCAGCUGAUAGAAAACGCAGCGCACACCUUCGAGCUGCUGCUGCACAGAGCUGUGGAGGAGAACCCAGACAACGCUGCUGCUGCCAUCGAGAAGGCCAAGCACCGGGUUCUGAAGCAAUACGACUACGACAGCAGCACGGUGAGGAAGAGGAUCUUCCAGGAAGCUCUGGUCUCCAUCACUCUGCCCUUCAUCAAGAAGAAGCUGGCCGCCUCCUGCAGAAAGGAGCUUGAGGGUCUGGAUCAGAUGAUUGACUCGGAUUACUCCAGCUUCAUCCACGUGGAGAACGUGUACGAGAGCGUCCUCCUGGAGGUCCUGGAGAAGGACAUUUCUAAAGUGGUGAAGGAAGCGGCCAGCCUCCACAAACACAACCUGUUCACGGACAGCAGCCGGCCCAGCCUGUCCACCCCGCCCAGCAGCCCCGCCCUGACGCUGGCCUCGCCCCUCCAGGUCGCCGCCGCCCACGACCCCCUGCCUCCGUCCCCCCUGACGGUCAACGGGCUGCCGGCCGGCCUCCAGCGGGCGCCGCAGCAGAAGGACGACGCGUCGAUGGUGCAGACGGUGCUGGGGAAGACCAGACUGAAGGAGGAGGGGGUCAAGGUUUKUCCGGAGGCACAGGUACCAGAGGACACCGCUGAAGACCUGGAGACCACACAGACCCUGACCCAGAUCCAGGACCAAAAACAGGAAACUCAGACCAAAGCUGACAUCAUUCUGGCACAAGCUCCGCCCACUGGUGGAGAAGGUGUGAGAUCAGAAGGUCCUGAUCCAGAGGACCCUCUGAACCCUCCAGAAGAGAACCCCAGUCCUGAGGAAGCCCCUCAGAGCUCAGAGGUGCAGUCAGCAGCGCCCCCUGGUGGCGAGGUGUCAGCGUUYUGCAUCAGGCUGAGGGAGGAAGUAGAAUCCAUCAGCGCCUCGGAGCCCAACUCUCUGCACGUGUCUGUGGGCAGUGACUCGUCCCACUCAGACCUGGAGUCCACAGGAGACGUCCCAAACACCUCUGAUGUCUCCGAGCUCGUCCCGUCCCCCGACAGCUCAGAGGAGACAGCUGAGGACAAAACUGGAGGUGAAGAACCAGCCGAGACUCAAGAACCGGUCCAGGUCCAGACGGAGGCUGGGAGCAGAGACACGAAGCUGGACGUCCCUCCGUCUCCUCCGUCCUCYGAACCCACCGAAGAGGAGACACCCCCGGGUCCUCGUCCCCUGGACUGCGUCAAGGCGAUCCGGGACCUGGUGAUGGAGGUGAUCGAGGUGGAGGAGCAGGUCCAGGUCCACCGUUACCCUGAAGCAGACUGAGACCAGGACCGGUCAGACCUGCAGGAAACUGGACCGCUUCAGAGACCUGGAGACACCAAACGUGCAUGAAGUGAUCUCCCUCAGAUCAGUGACGUCUGCAGCUGUUUUACAAAACACAACUUUUAUUUUGAAAAUCAGUGAGUUUUWCUAAAACCCAAGACUUUUUCUUCCAUCAGGACCUGUUUAAAGACCUGAACCGUAUGGCUGCCGUUUGUAACAUUACACAGUCAAAAAUUACCAACAAUAUUUUUUAAUUUAACCUUUUAUAAG